AUGGCCAGCACCGAGCAAAGCGGCGGUGGUGCCUGGGUUGGUGCCAAGGGUGCGGGAUCGCUAGACCUCCGCAGUGAUGUCAUGACGGUGCCGACGCCGGCGAUGCUGGCGGCCGUGGCCAACUGCUCGCUGCGCGACGACGUCUUCAACGAGGACACGACGACGCGCGAGCUCGAGGAGCACGUUGCGCGGCUGGCCGGCAAGGAGGCCGCGCUCUUCGUCACCUCGGGCACCAUGGGCAACCAGGUCGCCCUGCGCAGCCUGCUGACGCAGCCUCCGUUUGGCGUGCUUGCGGACCACCGCGGGGGGGUGUCGUCGCUCACCGGAGCCACCGUGCAGCCCGUCGUGCCCAAGAACGGCACCCACCUCACCCUCGAGGACGUCGCCGAGCACGCCGUGCUGAGCCGCGACGUGCACGCGUGCCCGACGCGCGUCAUCAGCCUCGAGAACACGCUCAACGGCAUGGUGAUGCCCGCGGCCGAGACGGCGCGGAUCGCGCGCUUUGCGCGCCUGAACGGUAUCCGGCUGCACCUUGACGGCGCGCGGCUGUGGGAGGCCGCGGCGGCCGGCGCCACGCCGCUCGACGCCCUGUGCGCGCCGUUCGACACGGUCAGCCUGUGCUUCUCCAAGGGCCUGGGCGCGCCGGUGGGCAGCGUGGUGGUCGGCGACGCGGCGACGAUCCGGCACGCGCGGUGGGUGCGCAAGUCGCUGGGCGGCGGCAUGCGGCAGCCGGGGUUCAUCGCGGCGGCGGCGCGCGUGGCCGUCGACGAGACGUUUGGCGCGGCGCCGGACGGCAGCGAAGGGUGGCUGCGGAGGUCGCACGAGACGGCGCGCAGGGUCGAGGCGGCGUGGGAGGGUCGCGGCGGGAAGUUGGUGCACCCGGUGCACACGAACAUGUGCUGGGUCGACUUGAAGGCGCACGGGAUCGAGGCGGAGGUGUUUACGGCGGCGUGCGCGGAGGAGGGGCUGGUGGUGUCCGGCGGCCGGCUGGUGACGCACUACCAGAUUGCGCAGAACGAGGAAGUGGUGCUGCCGAAGCUGGAGAGGGUGUUUGACAAGGUCCUGGGAGCGGCGCGGUAG